AUGGACGAGAUCCCAGGCACAGCAGCUCUUCCGACCCGAUCGAACCUUGCCCGUAUCUCAAAAUCGAUCGAUGCCGCCCUCUCGCAGCAGCUGGAGGAAUGGAAUCUCGCCCUUUGCGACAAAGCCGAAGAUUUGGUCACUGGUGAUGGCAUUUCAGGUAUGCAGCCUGAGAAGGCCGCUGGUCCUAUAAUGCACGCCAAGAUAAGAGCCGGACUACAACAAUCUUGUGACGUCGGUACACGGCCUGACCGAACUACGACAGAUAUUCGGCUUGCGAUAGCCAGUGAGAUGUUCGACUACAACCUAGGUACCCACGGGACGACUGGCAAUACUAUAACGUCACUACUCUUUGGACUGUCACGCAACCCAAACAUCCAAGAGAAGUUGCGCCAGCAACUCUGGACAUUUAUGCCUCCAGAGGUCACUCCUUUGAGUCCUCCUGACCUUUGGGAAUCUUGA